UCGGGCGCAGGUCGCUAUUAUGGUUCAUGUGGGAUUUGGUGGUGAUCGGCUCUGUGCCGUGGUGCAUUAUGGUUUCGCGAUUCUAUGUCUGCUGUUUGUUCUUGUGCCGCGCCCCGUCACCUGCCAGGAGACACUCACCAAUCGGAUGCGCGUGAUCAGCGAUGAUCUGGACCGGCAGCUGAACGGAAUUAUGGCCUCGCAGGCUCUCAACUAUUCGGUGGUGGACACCUCCGCGGUGGACUACAAAGCCAGCACGAAGUUCUAUCCCAAGGGCAUGGGCCAGCUGUACAACGUGACCAACGCGUUCAUCGACUUCGUGCAGAGCAAGCAAGCGUAUCCGGAGGGUAUGCUCACUGUGGGAGACGGACUGAUACCAGCGUUCCUGUAUACCUGGGCCGAUUGGAAGAUCAUCGUGUCCCAUUACGGUGGAUUGGCAGGCCUAACCCUAAUUGGCAUUCUCCUGGCGGCGAUUUUACCUUGCGUGGGGUUGUUUUUCUGCUGCUGCAGGUGCGCUGGCCAUUGCGGUGCUAAGAGUCAACCGUUCGACAGGAAGCACGAUCAUUGCAAGAAGGUGAUACUCAGCAUGGUACUCAUAGGGGUUGCUACAAUUAUAUUGUUCGGUGUUGUUUGCGCGUUCGUCACGAACGAGUACAUGCAAGAGGGCACAAGAAAGCUACCCAGCAAUAUCAAAACCAGUCUGACGGAUAUGAAACUGUAUCUGUUCGCCACAAAGAAAGAGGUCGACAACGCGUUGAAUACUAAUUUCGAUGAAUUGGAGAUCAAUCUGAACAACAUUCUACAAGCAAGCGGUAGAAUAGUCACCGAACAACUCGCGGAAUACUCCCACGCAGUCUCGCUGACCAAUCUAAGCGACAUCGUGGCUGGUUUGGAGUCCAUCAAGGAAGACCUGAAGACCAUGCAAACCAUCACGCGUGAUCUACGGACGAAUGCUAGCCAGUUGGACAUCGUUGUACGAGGCGUUAAAAAGAAUCUUCUCCAUACGCUGUCGGCGUGCAAGACCCAGAAUUGCAAGCAGGUCCUGAACGAUUACAAAGUGAACCAAAUGUCGGUUCAAGUAGACUUCGACAAGUACAUGGACCGAUACUUCCCGAAGCUUCAGUCUUUGCCGAACGUCACCUCUGCCUUGCACAACAUCACCAUGCUGAUGAGAGGCAACAUCGUGUCGGAGGUCAGCCAGGGUAAGGAGUCGUUCCUGAAGAUACAGAAGGACAUCCAGCACGCGGUGAAUCAGACCAUUCCGGUGGUCAGCGCGAGCAUCAGAAGGUUCGGAAACUUCGCGUCUAGUAUCGCAGAGAACAUAACUGCUCUCCUCGACAGGACAAGCCUUCUCAUAGACGGGGUUUACAUGCCUCGCCUGGACGUUGCUCAGACCCACAUAGAUCAGUACUCACCGUACAGGUACUAUCUGGGUCUUGGUAUAUCUGGAAUUGUGUUGACCGUUUUGAUGUGUUUGACCUUUGGCCUAUUUUGCGGAAUUUGCGGGAAACGUCCCGACGGUUACGGCGACGAUUGCUGCAAUAAAGGAUCCGGAGCACGUUUCUUGAUGAUGGCCGUAUGGAUUAUUUUCCUUCUGACGAGCGUCUUGAUGUUAAUCACUGUGGCGCACAUGGUCACCGGUGUUCUGCUCCAACGAGCAAUCUGCGAGCCUCUGAAGAAUCCCAAAGACAACAGGAUGUUCGCGUUGAUCGACGACUAUGUUCAGAUCAAGAAGGUCCUGUACCCCAAGAACCCCAACGCGGACGUGAACAUGAGCUACAUAGUUACAAACUGCCACCUGAACGAGACGCUGUACAAGGUGUUGAGGUUGAAGAAUCUCUUCGACAUCGCGACGCUGCGCGAUUACGCUGGACGCUACGACAUCAACAACACUAUCCAACAAUUGCGUCACAAGAUUAAUCUGUCCCCGGACGUAGUGAUACUCACGGAGAGCGCCAAGUUGAAGCUGAAGGAUCUAGCGCAGAGCGGUCUGAGCGAUAUACAUUUCUAUCAGUACGCCGAGAUACUCGCCGAGAACAUCACCAACAUAAAUCUGGAGCAUCUGGCGAGGCAGCUGCGGGAAGUCGCGACCAAAUUGCCCGAGGACCAGAAGGACAUUCGCGAGAGCCUGGAGAAGAACGCGGUGGACCUGGAGCUCUACCAUAAAGACCUGGUGGUGCCUAUGGCGACGCUCAGCGAGCAAUUGAGCGAAAAAGCGUUGACGCUCCAGGAGAACAUAAAGUUCAAUCACAGCUCGAUGGCGGAAGCCAUCCACGACCUCGUCGACGAAGUCACAAAGGCACAGAAGUUCCUGAACAAAGACGGGCCGGAAUACGUUCAACAUCUAGCAACCAGGUUCGGAAAUGCUUUCCUCCGUCAAGUCGACGACUUCCUCGAGAACACGAUCGAGAAUGCAAUGUCCCGGGUUGGAAAAUGUGGUCCCGUUUCGAACGCGUACAACGCCACGCUGGUCGCCGGCUGCAACAAAAUUCUGGAUCCAUUUAACGGUUUCUGGGUGAGCGUCGGCUGGUGCUUGAUCCUCUUCAUCCCGACCAUAGUGCUCUGCGUGAAACUGAGCGCGCUGUAUCAGAAGUCGGACCCAUAUCCAGGACCCCUGGUCGAUGCUGAAUAUUUGUAUGACGCGUACGCAGACAGGGAUAACAUACCCCUUGCUCACAGUCAGGACAAGAAAUACGUAGCUCACAACAGACAUCACACGUCGGCGUACGUCGACAGCUACGACGGUCCGGCGGUUGGAUACAACGAUCGUGAGAGGAUCUCUGACGCGCAUCAGAGCACGUCCCACAACGAAUCCAGAUACUCUGAUUUAGCACCGAAUUCCGACCCAAAGUGGCGAUGCCACAAACCUACCAUCCCCUCCGAAACAGAACCUCACAGUAAAGUCUUUAGCGUAUCGAUAAAAGCACAAAAUUGGAACUUCCCUAAUGGUGGUCCUCCUAGGUACCAGCCUGCCGCCGCGGCUCCUCCGCCGCUGAGUACAGAAUACGAACGACCACCUCCCUAUUAUUAUCCUGGGCCAGGGGACAGAAAUUAGGAAACAAGUACCGUGGCAUACACAAAGGUAGCGUUGAGUAGCGUGGCUACUCACAGUCUCACCCGCAGUUACAGAAGGACGCUCAAAAGCAAAGAGAAAUUGAAAUGCAAACGAGACUAUGUUUAAUCACAACGUUCCUCAUGCGCGUGCCACGGACCGUGCGAACAAUGAAAUCAAUUAAAGACCAAGUUUGACGUAGACUGAAGGUAGGCUAAAUGGAACCUUUCGGCGAGCGCGUGUAGAGUGUGAUCUACGUGUGCGAUUCGUUUAACUUUAGUAUUAUUUAAAACACCGACAGCGUAUCGGGCAAGAGAAAACGUUCACGUUGCGUCGAAUGGUUUCGUAACUGGGAACAGUUUCGAUCGCGCUGCGACCUUCUCUUCAGUUUUCCUUUUUGUUAUAUUUUACUUUAAUUAGAAAACGAACCGUAAUGGAGCGAUGAUUUACAUCGUCAGUGCUAUAUUAAUCGUUGGACGAUCGAUUUCUUCGUACGACUGAUCGUUUACCGCCAUUCUCAGCAUUUAACAUUUUUUUUUUUAAUCGAGUAGUUAGUCGAAAGGGAAGCCUAUCUGCUGAAAACCCCGAUUUCAAUUCGAAUGUAUAUAUUAGACUUCGUGACGAGCGUAGACCAACGAGCUACCUGUAUUCUUUCUUUUCGAGAACGAAAUGGAAACGUAGAGUAAUUUUCUUUCUAUGGUCACUCUUUGGAAUAACUACUCGAUUGCUAUUACGACCAAGUAGAUUCCUAUUAAUCUACGAUUUGUCUUCGAGCUUUUGCACGUAUUACUCGUUCCGAACAAUUGACUGGCAACUACCGAAGAUGCGUAAAUUUUCCACCGUUGCUUAUUUGUUUCUAUUUUACGAAGAUCCACGAGGUAAAUUUGUCUAAAACCCUCGGUUCACCUUUGGCAUUUAGUUCCUAACGCACAUGAUCGAAAUCAUCGUCCGCAUUAACCAGUAUUAAUGAAAGUUCUUUAUCGUGCCUCCCUUAACGACCCAAAUAGCAUGUACCGCUUCUCUUUAAUCGGGAUACACGGUGUGUUCGUAAACUAGCAAACGUGUGUGUAUAUUCGCUUGUGUCUUAUGAAUUGCCCUCUUCACUGUCUUUUACUACGAACUGCCUACCGUUGUAACGAGUACACGAAAUAACGACGAUGACAAAAUGACUUUUGCACCGAGAGACGUCAGCGAGCUGUCGUCGCGGGAAGCGCGUGUGCGAUCGACACGACCAGGAACGUUUUGACACGUUGGUUCUUUAGAGUUACAAAGAUGGCGAUCCGUAAAGUGUCGACCCUUUGCUCGAACCAAUUUAUUACCCUAGGUUAACCGGAUACUAUGUGAUGAAUCUUCGACCUUCUUAGAGGUUUCCACGUUGUGAUUAGAGCAAAGAAUAGCUGUCAGCACAGGGUUAACACCGACCGAUUCGGGCCCACCGCGAACGAUCGCGAAUUAGUCUUAAGCCUAUUGUUAAGAAGUUGUUCUUUCGUGAAAUUUCGAUUCGUUCAGGCGAGCGAAACUUGCGCGCGAAAGCUGGUUUACGCGCGAGUCGAAAAUCUUAAUUCGUUGUUCGUGAAUAAAAUUUGCUCCGACUGUUUGGCUCCGAUCGAUGCACAGUGCCGUACCGAGUCGCGUCACGUGGAUCGCGUCGAUCGCGCUACGGCUUCCGGUUUCGAAUAUUUGCGAAACGUUCGUCGAUGCUUCGCAAAUCCCGAGCACUGAACAACGCCAUAUUUAAAUGCCAAACGACGUUCUUCGCGCGUGGUCCGUGGAGUUCGAAGCGUGCACGGGUCGCCAAUUUCGAAUUCCACGGUUCUCACUGUCUUCGACCUUUCCCGGUUACUCGUAGGGAUUAACAAUAGUCGACGAAAUUAAUUUCCACCCCCCCCUGACACGAUCGGAACCGGUGGAAGCUAGUUUCUCCGCAAAGGUCGUCGCUAUUAAAUACUCUGUGUAUAUGGUUCUUUAAGUAGACGUUUUUUCUUACUAUUAAAGUUUACCGUGUAAUUUACCGUUCUAAGUUCUUACGAAGAUGUUCGCGGUAGCGAUUGUACGUAAGUACAUCGAGCUGCUAAAAACUUAUCCAUACUUUGCUGUGGAUAAGCGGCCAUUGCCCGAGCGUAUCGCGUGGUGUCUUGUGCUCGUAUUUGUCAGGCGCUAAUUUUCAAUAUUUAAAAUAUAAGCUGAGAUAGAGUAAUUUUUUAUUAUUUUCGACGUUGAAAAGUUAUUCUCUUUUGUACGAAUUUGUGGGAAUUUAGGGGUUCAAAACUUCGUUACAGACAAAAGACACGCGGUGCAAUAGUAGUGAGUCGGAAGAACUCUAGGUGGCGCUUUAACGUGCUUCGCUAUAGUAGUACGAAUAAGUUCUUAACAGCCCGUUUGUGCGACGCGCGAAUAACAUAAGAAACGAAUGCAACGUCCGAGUUGAGUCUGUUUUAACGUUGACGAGGAAGUGCUUUCGUUUUAAAUAGGCUCUGUUUAAAGGGCAAUGAAGUAUCCUCGAGCGAAAGCCUUUACGAGGACUGUAGCAUCUACAGAGAGAAAAGACUCUUUGCAGUCCAGCAACUAUGCUCUCUCGACGGACAUAAGUAAAGUCGGUGUAAAGACGAUUGUGCAAUUGUUACGAGACAAACCUGAGUGCACCAGCUUUGCUUUCACAGAAAGCUGCAAAGAGCUAAUAGCACGUAGAUGUUUAAAAAAAAGUUUUGAAUUUAGAUGUUUUUGGGGUCCAGACAUCACGUCGUAGAAGUCCCGCGGAGAUACCACCCGGGGGAAUCGGAGAAUUUUUUUAGGGAUUCGUGGUAAUAUCGAGAAUCCUGCAACGAAGCGGACUUUUACCAUUUGGUAUUUGGGACCCUGUAUCAAAGGUCAAAGUUCGACGAUGUUUUUUUUAAGUGUUGUCGUCGAACGUUUGCCUUGACAAGUAACUGUCGUAGCUCGUAAAGACGACAGAACGUUGCAUUAUGGUAGAGAAUCAGUUUUUUCCGACAUUCGUCGACGCAAGCAUCAAGUUUUAAACUUAACAUUAUACGGUAGAUUACGCCGCCCAUGCUACGGUCACGGAUCGACCGGCAGCAGAUUGCCAAAAAGUAAAAAGAA